GGGAUCUCCGCAGUGCUCUUCUGACGUCGCUGUGUAUCUGAGCCCGGUCACGUAGAGGGACGGAGGGAGGAGGAGGAGGAGGAGGGCUCUGAUCCGAUCCGUCUCUCAUUGCACAGAGGAACGUCAGCGGGGACGGAAGCAAGAGGCACAGCAGCCGAAACGGCAGAAGCCAGCAUGACGCACCAGUACCCGGCCUUCACCACCGAACAGAAGAAGGAGUUGUCGGACAUCGCCCGUCGGAUCGUGGCCCCGGGCAAGGGCAUCCUCGCCGCCGAUGAGUCCACCGGAAGUAUGGCUAAGCGGAUGACCAGCGUAGGCGCGGACAACUCGGAGGAGAAUCGCCGUUUCUAUCGACAGAUCCUGUUCCAGGCCACAGAGGAGGUGAAAGAGUAUGUCGGGGGCAUCAUCUUCUUCCACGAGACCCUGUAUCAGAAGACCGAUGAUGGGACCAGCUUUGUCAAAUUAAUCAAGGACAAGGGUAUCGUGGCUGGCAUCAAGGUCGACCUCGGAGUGGUUCCGCUGCCUGGUACCAAUGGUGAGACCACAACUCAAGGGCUGGAUGGACUGAACGAGCGCUGUGCCCAAUACAAGAAGGAUGGAGCUGACUUUGCCAAGUGGCGGUGUGUACUGAAGAUCACCGAGACCACCCCGUCCCCACUCGCCAUUAUGGAGAACGCCAACGUCCUGGCCCGAUACGCCAUCAUCUGCCAGCAUAAUGGCAUCGUCCCAAUCGUUGAGCCUGAGAUUCUUCCUGACGGCACCCACGACCUCAAGCGCUGCCAGUACGUCACCGAGAAGGUGCUGGCUGCAGUGUACAAGGCCCUGAGUGAUCACCAUGUUUACCUGGAGGGAACACUGCUGAAACCCAACAUGGUGACACCUGGACACGCCUGUAAGGAAAAGUACACCUCUGAGCAGAUUGCCAUGGCGACUGUUACUGCCCUGCGCCGCACCGUUCCUCCAGCUGUGCCAGGUAUCACCUUCCUGUCGGGCGGUCAGAGUGAGGAGGAGGCUUCCAUCAAUCUCAGCGCCAUCAACCGCUGCCCGGAUCUCAAGCCGUGGGCUCUGACCUUCUCAUACGGACGCGCACUCCAAGCCUCUGCGCUCAAGGCCUGGUCUGGCAAGAAGGAGAAUGCCAAGGCAGCCGCCGCAGAGUUCAUCAAACGGGCCAAGACAAAUGGAUUGGCAGCCCAGGGCAAGUACGCUCCCUCUGGGGCGUCAGGAGCCGCAGCUGAACAGUCUCUGUUUGUGGCCGGACAUGCGUACUGAGAUGGUGUGUACGUCCCUCCCUCCCCUCUGGACCCAACCACUGUUUUGUGUGAGUGUGCCAUCUCUGUGCACCCCCCCCCCCCUGCAUCCUGUGUAGUGGCAACAGCUCCCUGCUGUGUGUAACGGUUCCCUCGCUACACCCUGCAUUGGCGGGGGUGGGGAUCGGCCCGCAGUGGAGUCAGCGUUUUCCCUCCGGGCUGCACUUUAUCCCCCUCAGUACCCCCCAACUCGAACUCUACACAGGUCCCAGUGUGCCUGUGUCGUUGGGAUGAUCCCAGAGAGAACGCUCCUUUCUGCCGUCUCACCGGCAGUGACAACUAGGAACUAAACAGUAACUAAUAAAAGACUGGUCAAAUGCU